GACAAGUAACUGAUUGAAGACUCAGAAUAUUUACGAUUGUUGUAACUGCUGUUGCGUUAAUUUUUAAUUUAUUACGUAAUAUAAGAAUAAAAUAUAAUGAAUAGUAUAGGGGAAGAGUGUACCGAAUUAAAGAAAAAAUAUGAUGAUUGUUUUAAUUCAUGGUUUUCGGAGCGUUUUCUUAAAGGCGAUCACGAUGACUCCAUGUGCGCUGGUAUUUUUAAGGUGUAUCAGGAAUGUGUUAAGAACGCAAUGAAGCAGCAAAGUAUUGAUUUUAAAGAAGUGGACAAAGAUGUUUUAGGAACCGAUAGCGAAUUUAAAGUACCACCGUCUGAUAACAGCAGUUGACAGUCAGGAAACUGCAGUCUUUUAUGUGCUUUUAAUCCACUUACCAUGUGGAAUGUAUUUCAUUCCGGUAUUUUCUAAUACUGAUGUGAAAUCAGCUAUCACAAAAUAAACAUUGAUAAUAUUUUCAUAGAAAGUAUUAAGUAUUUUUUUUUUUUUAAUUAAAUUUAAAUAGUUCACUAUAAAGAUACAGCUUUUAAUUGUGUUAAAAAGUGCUUGCAUUCGAUUUUUUUUUAUUACAAUAAAAUAGGACUCAAUUUGAAAAGUAAUUUCUUAUAUAAGUUUACUAUUUAUUAUGUAUUUAGCAUUAUUUUAUCAGAAUUAAAUACUGAUAAUUGUAGUACAAAAACCAAGAGAUGCAUUUAUAAUGAUAUUCUUACUAGAAAGCUUGUAUUGUUCAAAGUAGCAUAGCAAACACCAAUUUUAUCAAAAAAAAUUAAAAUUAUAGUUUAAAUGUUUGUGAUUAAUUUUUGUGUAUUAUUAUAAUGAACUUAAUGUGAUGUAGUUUCUUUGUCUGUAGCAUAAUUUUUACUUUUGGUGUUGUUUUAAUGUUAUAAAUAAUUUAUUUGUUA